UGCAGUGUAAAGACAAGAGGAAUGCUGAGCCCAAAGGUGCUUUAAAACGUUGCCGAGGAGUGGAUAUUUUGCAUAGUUUUUCUUAAUUCAUUUUAUAUUUUUCCUUCAUUCUCACACCUGGAUUUUAAAGCUUUGGUUGGGCCACAUUUAUGGAUUGCUGAGAGGACGGAGGACAGGUGACUCACAAUGGCCAUGGCUUUGGAUGCAGUGUGGGUGAGGGUGAAGAAUGUCUGCAAGCAGAAUGGGCUCCUCAUCAUGUCAGUGAUGGCUGUGGUCAUUGGAUGUCUUUUGGGCUUCUUCCUGAGGACACGGCGUCUCACGGAGCAGGAGGUGAAGUACUUUCAGUUUCCUGGUGAGCUACUAAUGAGGAUGCUGAAGAUGCUGAUUCUCCCGCUCGUUGUGUCCAGUUUGAUGUCAGGACUGGCAGCUCUCGAUGCAAAAUGUUCCAGUCGCCUCGGUCUGAUCACAGUAUCGUAUUACCUGUGGACCACCUUUGUGGCUGUGAUUGUGGGGAUCAUCAUGGUCUCCAUCAUCCAUCCAGGAGGUGCAGCGCAAAAAGAGGACUCCGAGGACAGCGGCAAACCCAUCAUGAGUUCUGCAGAUGCACUACUGGACCUGAUCCGCAACAUGUUUCCAGCAAAUCUGGUCCAGGCCACAUUUCAGCAGUAUCGAACAAGCAGCGAGUACAUAGUGAAGCCCAGACCGACAGUGCAUCAGGCCCAGUCAGAGUCCACCACACGGCGGGCACUCGUCUACGGUAUUCAGGACGACAAUGGAACCGACAUCCAGAACUUUGCUCUUGACCUGACUCCGCCCCCUGAUGUUCUCAUACGGACACGAGAAGGAACAAGUGAUGGAAUGAACGUCCUUGGAAUUGUUAUUUUUUCAGCCACCAUGGGUAUUAUGUUAGGAAGGAUGGGGCCAAAUGGCAGUGCCUUGGUAAACUUCUGCCAGAGCCUGAAUGAAGCUGUCCUUAGGAUUGUCGCCAUUGUUAUAUGGUAUUUUCCAUUUGGUAUUGUUUUCCUGGUGGCUGGAAAGAUCCUGGAAAUGAGUGAUCCCUCAGCCAUGGGGAAGAAGCUCGGUUUCUAUGCCGUCACUGUGGUGUUUGGUUUGGUGCUGCACGGCUUGUUUAUCCUGCCUGCUAUGUACUUCUUCAUCACCAAAAAAAGUCCCAUUGUUUACAUACGGGGAAUCCUGCAAGCUCUGCUCAUUGCACUGGCAACCUCCUCCAGCUCAGCCACUUUGCCUAUAACCUUCAAGUGCCUCUUAGAGAACAACCACAUUGACCGUCGCAUCAUCCGUUUCGUGCUACCCGUGGGUGCAACCAUCAAUAUGGACGGCACCGCUCUCUAUGAGGCUGUUGCAGCGAUAUUCAUUGCACAAGUUAAUAAUUAUGAGCUGGACUUUGGUCAGAUCAUCACCAUCAGCAUCACUGCUACUGCAGCCAGCAUAGGUGCAGCAGGAAUACCACAAGCUGGGCUGGUCACCAUGGUGAUAGUGCUAACAUCUGUUGGUCUGCCAACUGACGACAUCACUCUCAUCAUUGCAGUAGACUGGGCAUUAGACAGAUUUCGCACCAUGGUCAAUGUAAUGGGGGAUGCUUUGGCCACAGGCAUCAUGGCACACAUCUGCAGAAAAGACUUCAUGAAAGAGGGAGAUGGGGUGCCUUUGAUCUGUGAGACCAAAACAGCAAUGAGCACCCCUCCUGUGAUGAACUGCCACAACAACAAUGGCAACUGCCGACCCCCUCCUUUAGGGGUCAAACACCAGUUCAUCCCUCCUGAAGUGGCUCAACUCAUACAACUGGAGGAGGGCGUUCGGCCGCUUUCAGACAGGAAGAAACCUCCAAUUCCUCCGAGACAUCUGAAGAAGAGCAAAGAACACUGCACUAUAGAUAUGAAUGGCCUUGAGACCAAUGUAUAGCCUCCUCUUGCAGUUUGAAUGGUUCUCUGUAAGUUAUGCUGAAAGGAGCGCAGCAGCAAAGGACACCUAUGCAGGCAGAAGGACAAUACAGAUGAGCUCAUCUAGCUCCACAAAAACAUUUUAAAGCAACGCAGUUGCAAAAGACUCAAGAAUAGCGCAUUUACAGUGGAAUUUAUGGCAACACAAGGACAAUGAUAAGAUUUCUAUUAUAAAAUUUGUCCUUAGUCCUGUACCUGCUAUUACUUGCAUUGAUUCAAUAAUUUUUAUUUGAUAUAUACAUUUUUUAUGACUUUUUGUUUUGUUUUUUGACACUGUAUUUUUUUCUUUGUGUUUUGUACUGCUGUACUACAAGCAGCCAGCUGUUUGCAUUACAAAAGAUGAGACAGGAUGUCUGCAUGGAGCUAAAUGAUCAGGAGGCAAAGUGAAAUGCACACAUUUUUUAAGUUUGCCUUAACAAAGCUGGUGGUGCUAGGCUGAUGGUUAUUAUGGGACAAGAGGAAGUCGAGUGAGCUGAAUUUGUACCCACCCCUGUAAUGAUGUUAUAACUUUGAUAUGUGUUUAAAACAGAUAUUAGAACUGUUUUAUGUAUUUGAACAGCCUCAGGAUCAUUUGAUUUAAUUAAGCUUUCUGGCAUAUUAGCAGCCUGAAAACAUCCACUAGUAAUUUAAUUAAAUGUUUGUCAGUUAACUUGAUAUCAAACAGAAAUUGGCACAUUUCAAUAAAACAUUAAGUUACUAACCAGCUCUUCCAUUUCUGCUGUAUUAGUUGAUUUUAUUUUCUCAUUUAUGCUGUGAGCCAAUAAAGCACUGGGGGAGCUUGCUCCUGUCAAUACCCAACCUAAAUUAUUUCACCCAAUCCCAACUCCAGUAGAAGAAAGGAAUGGAAAACUACAUGCCUUGUUCCAUCUGGGAACGCAUCCAGAAGUUGAGCUAUUUAAAGGAGUUCAAUAGUCAGAUUUGGAUAACUUAUGCUACAAUUAAAUUAAUCCUACUAUAACAUACAUGUAAAAAAAAAUGUUUUUGUAAAGUGACCUAUAUAAGUGUAUCACUCACACAGGUUAGUGACACACCCCACCACCACAGCUGUCUAUUCCUUGACUACAGGAGGUUACUGGCUGUUACUGGGUGACAGCUAGUAGGGUGCAAACACUUAGGGUGUUUGGGUGCAAACACUUGCUAAUUCACCACAGGGAGAUGAAACUUGAAUAAGUGAAAGAAAUCAAUCAAAGAAAUCUUUGAAUGGAAAUUAAGAUCGUAAUAUGUUGCACAGGCCUGGAUAUGCACGCCAUUUUCCUUCUCUAAAAUAUCUAUAUAACAACUGCAAAGACAGUCUAAGUUGCAACUAGCUAGCAACAAACACCCUGACCGACUGUUUAAGACCAAAGUCUUACUAUUUCUUGUUCAUGUCAUUUUAUUCAAGUUAAUAAUAAGCUACUUUCAUAAACCUCUUAGAACAGCACCAUCUCCUUUUUCUUUUUUUUAUUUAUUGACAUAUCGUCUUACAUUGAAACUCCUGGAAAAUUGUGAACUAUAGUUUCUUUCCACUGGCUUUGUCAGCAAACAUAUCACAUAUGUGCAUGCGUAAUACUGGGCACAGGCACCAUGAUUUUACCAAUUGCUUUGUGGACUGCUUGGUACCGUUUGAGGUGGUGAUAUAACUGAAGAUUUGACAGACUCACUCAAAGGGUAUCUCAAACCUAACACAACCUAACGCCCAUUUUACUCUAUAUGGGAACACAAAUUUAAAAUGAAAAUGAAGAAUACUUGCAUUCAUUUGGAACGUUUUUACUUGGGUCAUAAAUCAAUGUCUAUACAGUCAUACCUCUUUCAGCAAGUCAGAGGCAUGGCCACCUGCAGGCUAUUGGAAAGAAUCUAGAUUUAAUGCACAUUUGCAGAAAAAGCAUAGAGCAUAUGUUAUUUAUAAAUUACCAUUGUAGUUUUGCCGCUCCAGAAAGAGAAUUUCCAUCAUGAUCCAAAAUUAUAAUUAUUAAGAACAUCUUCUUACUGUACAUUUCACUUUUGUCAUAUAAAGGCAGAAAUGUACUCUUCCAAAUAGUAUAUUUUUAUCUGUUUUGUCAUUCCAUUAAUAAUUUUUCUCAGCUCUUUACACAGGAAAUAUCAGAGAAUUCAGAGCAUACAGACUGAGAUGUGUUUUUCUCUGGCUAGUGUCCUGCCUAUUUUUAUAAUACUGAACAGAUCUGCUAUAGCUCCACACAGAGCAGUGACACUGCCAUGUGUGGGAGAAGCUGCAGAAAUAGCGAACAGAUUUUCGUCUGAAUGUUGUGAAACACACAGUCUUUUUCAGCCUUUUCAAAUAAUUUAUUCUUGUGUUUUUUGACUGUCUAUGUAUGACAAUAUUGCAUUCAUAUCAGUAAAGUGAGAUUUUAUGCUAAAAUAUGUAUCCCGUUAGAAAACAUGAAUGAACUAAAGGGGCAGUAAAAUCAGCACUGGUUGAAGCUCCAGUUUUGUUAAUAGAAUUAAAAUAUUUCAUUCGCAAGCAGAUGUUAUUAAUCAUAGUGGAAAAUAAUAUGUAUAUUUACCUUCACUGCAGGUAAAUCACUGCUAUUAUUAAACCAACUCGCUGGUAAAACAGUACGAUUUAUUCAAACUGUUUAGUAAUAGCAGAAAAAAAUCAUUAUAAUUCUUAUCUUAUCACUCAUUAUGAUUUUAGUUAAUUUAUUUUUUGUUAAACAGCAUGAAGGUAAGAUGUCUAUUUACAAGUGACGUAUAUUGAUAAUUGAUGGCAGCAAAUAUGUUCUGAGUGGACAGAAUCAAUUACCAGUCUCCUGUUCGCUUUAUGUUUCUGACAUUAUACUAAAAUUUGGCUGUAAUUCACCUAAAGGACACUCUUAAGAUAGUCCUUAAUAUGAAGGAGUGAAUAAACCUUAACACGUAAAACAAUAAAAUAUUUUUUGCAGAUAAAAUAUCAGUUUUAUGUCUUUUAUUUUUUCUUACAGGAACGAUUUACUAGUCUACUAGUAGAGUCAUUGCUAAUGGGUACUAAUUUGUCUUUUAAGGACAUAUUGGACUCUGACAGAACUUUUGUCUUUCACCUCCUUUUUAGCACCCCAUUUCUAAAAGGUACACUAGAAAAACCAGAGUAUAAUUAAAUCAUAACAAAACAGUAAAGAUUUAUGUCUGGUGUUUUGGACUAUAACAUAUAAUAACAAUAACAACAAUAAUAAAAAUCUCCCAUUUUUUAAGCCUGCCUACAGUUCUGCACAUCUGCAAGUUGCUUUGCAGCCCUCGUCCACUCCACCUACUCUUUUCAAGUUGUAUAUGAUCGAUGUCACUGAAGGCUUUUGAAUUAUGUGCCAGGGCUAAGCUGCUUCUUACAAAUUACCGCAGAUGGAAACGGCAUCUUCUUUAAAUAGUGGUCAUAACUGAAAUAUAAAACACUAUCAGUCCCUUUAUAGCAUAUUGCUGUAAAGGGACUAAUAGUGAUUAUUCAUUCUAGAUGAUCUCACAAGUCCCUGCUAUGAAACCAGAAGUCCAUAGAGUGGUAGUGUUUUUUCCUAUUAAGUAAUUCUGACGUACCAUUUCCUGUAAGCCUCUUGUCCAUUGACAUUUAGUGGUUCACUUUGGAGUUUCUAACAGGUGGCUGUAACGUGUCCAGAUGAUUCAGAGGAGGAAGCUUUCUUGCAGAAAACUGGUUUUGCAAAUGUUUUAUGAGGAAGCAAAAAAUAAAAAAGUAACACAUUCAACACAUUUGCUGGACCCCAAGGAUGUGUUUCGGUUGUAAAGUGGAAUGUAAACUUUUGAUUGUUUACCAGAAAACUCCACAGGGGGCUUUUAAUUUGUGUUCUCUCCCAGAUCAGUAAACUCUGACAGAAACAAAAGAAAGCAAUUACAGAAUGCAAAUCCAGUGAAGGACUCAAACGCUGAUGAAUAAAUAUAUUUGAUAUUAUGGUGAUUUUAAGAACUGCAGCUUUAAAGCUUUCCCAUUGUUACUUUUGCUGCUAUUCAUUCUUUCUCUACCAUU